UUUGUGGACUGCUUUUUAGGUAAUUUAUUCUCCUCGCAGCGCCCAAUAAUUAUUAGUUCUAGAUACACAGUUAACUUCAGUCGCGAAAAAGCAAUGUACAGUCUUAAUAUCUUUGUAUAUUUAUUGUUUAACUGUCUAGUGCUCGCUAAAAGCAAUGACAGACUUCCCCUAUCUUAUAGAGCUGCACCUGGAAACUUAUAUGAGCCACCAAGGCCAGUGGGCUCUAUUUCCUUGCUUGAGUAUGUGAAUUCGAGGAGCGAUCUCAAUUCCCUUGCACGAAUUCUUUCGCAAAGUGCAGGCUUCACGCAAGCUUUCAACACUAUACCUACAUGGAACUUUACAUUCUUCGCCCCUUCAGAUGCUGCAUUCGACCACACCGGAGAAUAUUUCAAUACGUUCGCGGGAACGCCGAAGGGGAAAUGGUGGCUCGGGAAUCUAGUACAGCAUCACUAUAUCCCAAAUUCAAAACUCAAAGUCUCUUCAUUUUCCACGAAUUACACUCGAGUACAGACAGGAACGUUUCUCUAUGUCGGAGCGCAGGUCGUCGACAACAAGCUCGUGCUCAAUCGAGCAGCUACUGUGACUGAAGCAGAUAUCCUCGUGACAAAUGGCUUGGUACAUAUAAUCGAUCGUAUCGUUGACCCUUCAGCCAUGAUAUUUGAAGCGGAUAUCGAGAAGACGAAGCAGAGCUUUAUUGCUGGGAGCUGCUCAAAUCCCGAUCUGCCGUAUUGCUAGGGGGACUUACAUCCUUCACUUAGGGGAUAAAGUUACUGAGAUGUAGGACAAAGAUUGAUAAAGGUUCUCACGAAUGUUGACACAGAUAAUUUGAGCGGUCUUACCUAAGUCGUCCCAUUUGAACUAUUAAAAUGAAGAUACCUAACCAACAUAUAAGUCGGUAGUUGAUGUCUCACGAUAUAUG